AUGGCCGAACUUUCUGCACCUGCGAUGCCUGCAGACGCCAUGCACGGUGUCGCCCCAGAUAUCGCCGCGCCUGCACCUAUCCCAGCGGGAGAAUCUGCGUCUACUCCUCCGCAAGAGCCAGAAUACAUAUCUGAGACCCUUUACAUCCAGAACUUGAACGAGAAGAUUAAAAUUCCAGUUCUCAAGGCGUCGCUAAAGGGUCUGUUCAAGUCCUAUGGUGAAGUACUUGACGUGGUCGCGCAUGGCAAUCUUCGCAUGCGGGGGCAGGCGUUUGUAUCAUUCGAAUCUCCUGAGAUCGCGAAGAGGGCUCUGAAGGAGGUCAGGGGCUUCCCUCUGUAUUCGAAACCAAUGCAAAUUUCCUUCGCGAGGACACGUUCGGACGCGGUUGUCAGGAAGUUGGAUUCAGGCAAUUAUGAGGCGCACAAAGCGCGGCGGCUAGAACACAAGAAGGACACCCGCUACACCAAUCCUCUGAAGCAGAAGUACCGAACUAGGAGACUGGCUGCUGCUAUGGACGGCGCAGGCGCUGCGCCCGUCUCGAAGCGUCCCAAUGUCCAGAUGCCCGACGAGUACUUACCGCCCAACAAGAUUCUGUUCUUGCAGAAUCUCCCAGAGAGUGUCAGCAAGGAUCAGCUCAUGGCUCUCUUCUCCCAAUAUCCAAAUCUGUACGAGGUCCGUCUCAUCCCCACGAAGAAGGACAUCGCGUUCGUGGAAUAUAUGGACGAGGGAAGCGCGACUGUGGCCAAAGAUGCGUUGCAUAACUACAAGCUGGAUGGGGAGAACAAAAUCAAGAUCACGUUCGCCAGAAAAUGA